AUGGCCGCGCGAUUAGACAGCCCCGAGUUCUCCGACUUUGAAGAACUCGACGUAUCCGAGUCUCCACAAACUCUGCUGACAUCAAACAACCACGCGCCGAGCCAUCUCUCGAAACUUUCAGUCUCCUCGACAGAAGAUGGUCAUCCGCCUUGGCAGGGCCAUAGAGACAAACUGGUUGGUCUCGUUGAUAUGGGAAGCAACGGGAUUCGAUUUUCCAUAACCGACCUCUCCGACCCAUUGGCCCGAAUUCUCAACCCAGUCAUAGUAUACCGUUCGUCAAUCUCCCUGUACGAUGCACAGUUUGAUCCCGAGACUGGGGACCAGAUCCCCAUACCCGAGGAUACCAUACACGCCGUGUGCGAUGCCCUCCAACGCUUCGUGGUAGUAUGCAAGGACUUUGAUGUCCCCGAGGAGCACAUCUACUUUGUGGCCACGGAAGCCACCCGUCUGGCCAAGAACUCGGCUCAACUUCUCCAAUCGAUUAAAGAAGCCACCGGCAAGGAUGUCGAGUUGAUAGAAAAAGAAAUGGAAGGUCAGAUAGGCGCACUGGGCAUUGCCAGUGGCUUCCUGACCAUGGAAGGGCUAGUCAUGGAUCUCGGCGGAGGCAGCACUCAGAUUACCUGGAUUAUCAGUCGGCAGGGCCACAUCAGGACUAGCACAAACGGAAGUUUUAGCUUUCCGUACGGAGCAGCAGCGCUCACCAAAACGCUCGCUGACAUCAGGAAGGGAAAGGAUGAAAAGGAUGCCGAUCACGCAGUGGAGGAACUGCGCAAAGAAAUGGUGCGCAAUUUCACGGAUGCGUACCAUCGGCUUCAGAUUCCCCAGUCAAUGGUGGAGGAGGCUCAAAGAGAAGGGGGGUUCCGAAUCUAUCUCUCUGGAGGCGGCUUCCGAGGUUGGGGUUAUCUACUCCUGUACCUCAACCAGUCCAAAGGACAACACUAUCCCAUAUCAAUCAUCAACGGCUACACUGUGGGAAGAGAGCAGUUUGAAGACACAAAGUCUAUAGAGAAGGCUGCCAGGGCGGCUCGUGAUAUAUUUCGCAUCUCGGAUAGAAGACGCUCUCAAGUCCCUGCUGUCGCUUUUCUGGUCAAUGUGCUUGCUGAAGCGAUCCCUCUUGGCAUCCGGGAAGCUCAUUUCUGCCAGGGUGGUGUGCGGGAGGGAUACCUGUUCAGAGAGCUUCCUGCGUCAAUUCGAAGAGAAGCCCCUCUCGAGGUCAUAACAAGGAAUUUUGCACCGGGAUCCAGGCUACAGAUCCAAGAGCUCAUCAGAGGAGCAAUCCCAAAGACUUCCAAGGAUGGUACCAAGAGAUUUCCGCCGGAAUUUGGCGGCCAUGUUAUAGAGGCCUUUGCCAACGUAAUGUACGUCCACAUGUUCAUGUCUAAAGAGACGGCUUCCACUGCAGCACUUUACUCAACAAGCUCCGGGAUCCUGGCAUCUACGCUUGGCGUGUCUCAUCAAGACCGUGCACGGCUUGCCCUAAUGCUCCAAGCUCGGUAUCGCGGGGAACUGCCGCCUCGGGAGGUCGAAUUCCGAGAUGCUCUCCGGAGCAUCAUCAGCCCAGAGCAAGUCUGGUGGGCCCAAUACCUAGGAAGGGUAGGGUUUGUUAUAACCUGCCUGUAUCCUUCAGGCAAGGUCGACCCCUCCAAUUUGAAAGUUCUCUUCUCCUCGUCGUGGUCGUCAACCCUGGGAAAAAAGGGAACGAAGGAAGGCCUUGUGCUGAACAUUUCUAUACGCAAGGUCAAGCACGACCCGGAGAAGUUGAACAAAGUUGUGAGGGACAACUUGAAAGUAAUCAAGAAGGCAGGGAAGAAGAAGAAUUGGGUUGGUACGGACCAUCCCUGGGGGAUGAAAGUUGAAGUGAGGGUAGCCGAGGAACAAAUAUUGUAG